AUGGCGUUUGGCGCAGCACAUGUCCAGCUUUGGCUGGGGCUAUUAGCAGUAGCUGGCCUUCUUUACACAUCAUGUCUUGUCAUCUACCGCGUCUUCUUCCACCCAUUAGCGAAAUACCCAGGUCCCCUCCUGGCCAAGCUCACCGAUGCCUACAUGCUCUACUACGCCUGGCGAGGCGACCGCCAUCUUGAGUUCUGGCGCAUGCACGAGAAGUAUGGCAAAUUCGUCCGCUUCGGUCCCAACGCCCUCAGUGCAAACUCAAACACCGCCCUCAAGGAGAUCUACGGCUUCCGCGCCAACGUCAGGAAGGCCGAGUUCUACGAUGCCUUCGUCCACCCCGCUCCCAACACCCACAACGCCCGCGACAGGGACCUCCACGCUCGCAAGCGCCGUGUUCUGUCGCAUGCCUUCUCCGAUGGCGCCAUCAAAGAGGUAGAGCGCUACAUCCUGGCCAACAUCCGCACUUUCUGCGAGGCCAUCGGCGACUAUGGCCGUGCCAUCCAGGAUAAUAAGGGAUGGAGUGCGCCGAAGAACAUGUCCGACUGGUGCAACUGGCUGGCCAUGGAUAUCCUCGGUGAUCUAUGCUUCGGCAAGGCUUUCCACAUGUUGGAUAGGCCAGACAACAGGUACGCUGUUGAUCUCGUCGGUGUAGCUGCCCAGAGACAUCUCCUGUGCGGCACUAUGCCCAUUGUCAACAAGCUCUCUCUCGAUAAGAUCCUCUUCCACAAGAUCGCUACCGACCGCCGCGACUUUCUCUACCAUCUCCUCAAGGCGCGCGACCCGGAAACUGGACAGGGCUUCACCACCCCCGAGUUGUGGGGCGAGUCCAACUUGCUGAUCAUUGCCGGCUCUGACACCACCUCUACCGCUAUGGCUGCCACUCUGUUCUAUCUCGUCCGCAACCCUGCCGCGUUGGCGAAGGUCACAGAUGAGAUCAGAGAGAAGUUCUCGUCUCUGGAGGAUAUCCAACUGGGUCCCGUUCUCAACUCUUGCCACUACCUCCGCGCUUGCAUCGAUGAGGCUAUGCGCUUGUCGCCUAGUGUUGGUGGUCUGUUGCCCAGAGAGGUCUUGGCCGGCGGUAUGACUAUCGACGGCGAGAUGGUACCUGAGGGAACGAUUGUCGGAACACCACACUAUACCAUCCACCACAAUGCCAACUACUACCCCGAGCCGUUUGCCUACAAGCCAGAGAGAUGGAUUGCUUCUCCAGGUAGCGAGAAGGAGGCCGGUGUUAGGGAACAGGAGGUAGCAUUGGCUCAGAGCGCGUUCUGUCCAUUUUCGAUUGGACCAAGAGGGUGCAUCGGGAAGGGCCUGGCGUAUGUUGAGAUGAGCAUCACCCUCGCGAGAGUGCUGUAUAUGUAUGACCUUCGCCGGGCGGUUGGUGUUGAGGAUCCAGGAGAGGGCAAGCCCGGAGCGGAGAUGGGCAGGGAGAAGCCGAGUGAGUUCCAGUUGGUCGACACAUUUACCAGCUUGAAGAAUGGGUGUAUGGUCGAGUUUAGGAGGAGGGACCUGUAA